UCACAGACACCAUCUCUGUGUCUUCGUCUCUCUGGAAAGAAGCCCUAGCAACAACAAUGGCAAACUCAAAAACAGCAAAGCUCCCUCUCCAAUCAAGCAACAAUGCCAACAUUGUCUUGCCCACCGGAAAAACCAUCGAGGAAACCUACCAGAAAAAGUCCCAGCUCGAACACAUCCUCCUUCGUCCCGAUACCUACAUCGGAUCCAUCGAAAAACACUCCCAAACUCUAUGGGUUUUUGAAAACGACGCCAUGGUUCACCGCCAGAUCUCCUAUGUCCCCGGUCUUUACAAAAUCUUUGACGAAAUUCUCGUCAAUGCGGCUGAUAACAAGCAGAGAGACCCCAAGAUGGACUCAGUUAAGGUUGUUAUUAAUGUGGAGGAGAAUUUUAUUAGCGUUUAUAAUAAUGGGGAUGGGGUUCCAGUCGAGGUUCAUCAGGAAGAAGGGGUUUAUGUACCCGAAUUGAUUUUUGGGCACUUGUUGACGAGUAGCAACUAUGAUGAUACUGUGAAGAAGACUACUGGUGGGAGAAAUGGGUAUGGAGCUAAGCUCACGAAUAUCUUUUCAACCGAAUUUGUUAUCGAGACUGCUGAUGGCAAGAGGCAGAAGAAGUAUAAGCAGGUUUUCUCUAAUAACAUGGGGAAUAAAUCUCAACCCAUUAUAUCUAAGUGCAAAGAGAGCGAGAACUGGACCAAGGUUACUUUUAAGCCUGACUUGGCAAAGUUUAACAUGACCCAUUUAGAGGAUGACGUUCUUGCUUUGAUGAAAAAGAGAGUGGUUGAUCUGGCAGGAUGCCUAGGAAAGACAGUGAAGGUUGAAUUAAAUGGUCAGCGAGUUCCUGUCAAAUCAUUCUCUGACUAUUGCGAUCUCUAUCUACAAUCUGCUGCAAAGACCAGACCAGAUCCACUCCCAAGGAUUGUGGAGAAAGUUAAUGAGCGGUGGGAGGUAUGUGCAAGUCUAAGUGAAGGGCAGUUUCAACAGGUCAGCUUUGUCAAUGGAAUUGCAACUAUCAAAGGUGGGACUCAUGUUGAUUAUGUUACCAACCAGAUAACGAACCAUAUAAUUGGUAUUGUAAACAAGAAGAACAAGAAUGCCAAUCUCAAGGCUCAUUCUGUCAAAAAUCAUUUAUGGGUAUUCGUCAAUGCUCUUAUUGACAACCCUGCUUUUGAUUCUCAAACAAAGGAAACACUGACACUGCGACAAAGCAGUUUUGGUUCUAAAUGUGAACUUUCGCAAGAGUUCCUCAAGAAAGUGGCCAAGUCUGGAGUGGUAGAGAACCUCCUUUCUUGGGCAGACUUCAAGCAAAGCAAAGACCUUAAGAAAACUGAUGGAGCAAAAAGACAGAGGAUUACUGGGAUAACUAAGCUGGAAGAUGCUAAUGAUGCUGGUGGGAAGAAUUCUGAUAGAUGCACCUUGAUUUUGACAGAAGGGGAUUCAGCAAAGGCUCUUGCUAUGGCCGGAAUUUCAGUUGUUGGGAGAAACUUCUAUGGUGUUUUUCCAUUGAGAGGUAAACUGCUGAAUGUAAGGGAAGCCAGCCACAAGCAAAUCAUGGAUAAUGCUGAAAUUCAGUAUAUCAAGCAAAUUCUUGGUCUCCAGCAUGGAAAAGUGUAUGAUAGUGUUAAGUCUCUGAGAUAUGGCCACCUGAUGAUUAUGACAGAUCAGGAUCAUGACGGUUCACACAUCAAGGGACUGCUGAUUAAUUUCAUUCACUCAUUUUGGCCGUCAUUGCUGAAAAUUCCGUCUUUCUUAGUGGAGUUCAUCACGCCUAUAGUGAAGGCUACUCAUAAGAAUGGGAGGGCAUUGUCAUUUUAUACAAUGCCUGAAUAUGAAUCAUGGAAGGAAAGUUUGAGCGGCAAUGCAACUGGUUGGUCCAUAAAGUAUUAUAAGGGGUUGGGGACAAGCACAUCCAAAGAAGGAAAAGAGUACUUCAAAGAUCUCGGGAAGCACAAGAAAGACUUCAUCUGGGUGGAUGAUAAUGAUGGGGAAGCAAUAGAACUUGCCUUCAGUAAGAAGAAGAUUGAAGCAAGGAAGAAUUGGCUUCGGCAGUAUGAGCCUGGCACUUACCUGGAUCAGAAAGAAAAGCUAAUCAAGUACAGUGACUUCGUUAACAAGGAGCUCAUAUUGUUUUCCAUGGCGGAUCUUCAGAGGUCAAUUCCAUCAAUGGUUGAUGGCCUGAAGCCAGGCCAACGAAAGAUUCUUUUCUGUUCUUUCAAGAGGAACUUUGUCAAGGAAUUAAAAAUAGCCCAGUUCUCCGGUUACGUGUCUGAACACUCAGCUUACCAUCAUGGUGAGCAGAGUCUGGCAAGUUCCAUCAUCGGUAUGGCUCAGGAUUUUGUGGGCAGCAACAACAUUAAUCUUCUUCAACCAAAUGGCCAAUUUGGUACACGUAAUCAGGGUGGGAAAGAUCAUGCAAGUGCUAGGUAUAUAUAUACUAGACUUUCACCUAUCACACGAUCCCUGUUCCCAAAAGAUGAUGAUGUCCUCCUAGAUUAUCUGAAUGAAGAUGGUCAAUCCAUUGAACCUACUUGGUACAUGCCCAUUAUCCCAAUGGUUCUGGUUAAUGGAAGUGAAGGAAUUGGUACAGGAUGGAGUUCCUAUAUUCCAAAUUACAAUCCGAGGGACAUUAUUGCUAACAUUAGGCGUUUGCUGAAUAAUGAGCCAAUGGAACCCAUGGAGCCUUGGUAUAGAGGAUUUAGAGGAACCAUUGAGAAAACAGCAACCAAGGAAGCUGGAGCUAGCUAUACUGUCAGUGGAGUUGUAGAGGAAGUCGAUGAAACAACAAUUCGUGUCACUGAGCUGCCAAUUAGGAAGUGGACUCAGGAUUACAAGGAGUUCCUUGAAUCGAUUAUGAUGGGCAAUGAAAAAGUCAAGGAUCCAUUCAUCAAGGAAUUCAGGGACCAUACAGAUGAUACUACAGUAUAUCUGGAAAUAAUCAUGUCCGAGGAGAAUUUACUCAUGGCCAAGCAUGAGGGUUUGUUGAAGAAAUUCAAGCUAACCACAACAAUUAGCACAAGCAACAUGCACCUCUUUGACUCACAGGGCAUUAUCAAGAAAUUUGAUAACCCAGAACAAAUUUUAGGGGAGUUCUUCCAUUUAAGGCUUGAGUUUUAUGAGAAAAGAAAGAAAGUUCUGUUGGACAAUCUUCAACUAGAGCAUUUGAAACUUGAUAACAAGGUCAGGUUUAUCCUAGCAGUUGUAGAAGGCAGUAUUAUAGUGAGCAACAGAAAAAGAGCCGAUCUUUUCCUUGAACUGAAAGAAAAAGGUUUCACCCCCUUUCCCAAAAAGAAGAGUGUGGAAGCAGCUGUUGCUGGGUCAAUCGAGGAUGCUGAAGAAACUGAAGAGAGUUCUGAAGUGGCUACCAGCAAAGGAGUUCGGGCAAGUGAUUACGAGUACUUGUUAUCAAUGGCAAUUGGAUCCUUGACUCUUGAGAAGGUCCAGGAGCUCUGUGCUGAUAGAGACAAGCUCAAGGGGGAGGUUGAUGAUUUGAGAAAGGCUACUCCAAAAUCUCUGUGGACGAAGGACCUUGAUGCUCUUGAGAGCCAACUUGAUGAACAAGAUAUAAGUGAUGCCCAGGCAGAGGCAGCAAGAAAAGAGAUGAGGAGGAAGGCAAUGAAAGAUGAUGGUCCUAAGCCUACCCGUCAAGCUCCAAAAAAUCCACGGAAGUAUAAUAGAAAGGCUAGCAACACAGAGCCUACAACUGAACCAAUGGAAAUUUCAUCUAGUUCAGCUUUGGAAACAAAUAAUGUAGUUGAGGUAGCCAAGCCAAAAGGCAAAGCUGGUCCAAAGAAAGCUCCUGCUAGAAAGGGAAAAACUUCUUCUGUAUUGAGGGAUGAAGAUGAUGAAGAUGAUGAUGAAGUGCUUGCACUAAAAGAUAGACUAGCAGCCUAUAACCUUGGGUCUUCUUCCCCUGAUCAGUCCGAGACCAUGGAAACUGAAAUUCCAAAAAGAGAACCCAGCAAAAGAGCUACUACAAAGAAGCCUUUGGUAAGUGUCACAGAGAUUUCUGAUGGUGAUGAUGAUCAGAUUGAAAUCAGUGAUGAUGAAGACUUUGAACUGGAGGUAGAGGCAGCUCCAAAAGAGAAAGGAAGGAAAAAAACAGCCAAUUCUAAAGCAGCUAAGCCUGCUGCAGCACCAAAGAAAAGAGGUCAGGCCAAUAAAACUUCUCAACUUGUUGGGCAGAAGCUGAUUACAGAAGUUCUAAAGCCUGCUGAUGUUUCUAAGAUUUCACCUGAGAAAAAAGUCAGGAGAAUGAGGCCAUCACCAUUCAACAAGAAGAGUGGCUCUGUGCUGGAAAGGCUUAGCCAGCAGGAGAAUGACAAGAUAUCACCUGAAAGUGAGGGACAGGAGAGCCCUGCUUCUAAUGCUUCUGGGAGCACAGAAGAAUCAGCUCAAGUUGUGGUUCCAAGAGCCAGACCACAGAGGGGCGGUAAUCGUGGUAAAGCAAAAUAUGUCUUGAGUGAUUCUGAAAAUGAUGACGUUCCAGAUGACUCUGACUUUGACGAAGGUGAUGAUUGAGAUUAGAUUAGUUCCAUUAACUUUCAUUUUCACUUUACUGCAAAAGAACAAGAGCAAGCAAGCAGGCAAUACUUCUUGUAUUCUAUGUAUCGUCUUGGUACGUGGGCAUGCUUCAUCUUCACCUCUAAUAGAAACUUAUAUUCUAUUCUUA